UUCACACAACUCAACGUAGAACCAUUUAUGUAUCGGAGGAGUGGUCAAUUUACCCGACUUAUUUCCAUCACUAAACAAGUUACAGACUUACAGUACAUAUACCGCUCUAUCAUCUUCACCAUUCUCCCCCACCCCAUUUCUCAGUCUCUUCCCUCCACGCUGGCACCUUCUUCCACUCUCUCAAUAUAAAACCCAUCUUCCUCCCUAACCUCACACCGCACUUUUCUUCUCCAAACAAAAAAAUGACGCUGAAAUCUCGAAUUUCUCUCUGCAUAACCGCCAUUAAUUCCGAUGAUUCUAACCCAUCUCCAUUUACAACUUCACCUUCCUCUAAUAUCACGAGCAAUAGCAGCUUAACAAGUCAUCUCUCUCUUCAAACUCUUCCGUCUGUUCCUUCUCUUCAAACUUUCUCUCUCUUCGACAUUACAGCAGAUAUUACCCUCACUCAUUCUCUCUCCUCUUCUCUCUCUCUACCUUCUUCCAUUUCCUCACUUUCUCUCUCUUCUUCUUUACUCUACGUUUCAUUCGGCCACCAAAUCAAUGUCUACGAUUAUUCAUUGAGUUUUUCACUACUUGAAACCUUCAAUUCUAAUGGAGAUUCGUAUGGCACCGUUAAAUCUAUCGGAUUCUGUGACGGAAAAGUUUUUUCUGCUCAUCAAGAUGGAAAAAUUAGGGUGUGGAAGUUAACGGAAAAUGAUAAGCGGCGACGCCAUAAGUUGGUUUUAACUUUACCGACUUUAACUGACCGGUUGAUCCGGUUUCCGGUUCCGAAGAAUCACGUGGAAGUCAGACGACAUAGAACGCGUCUUUGGGUUGAACACCACGACGCCGUUUCAAGCUUAGCUGUUACAAACGGAAAAGUCUACUCCGUUUCUUGGGAUAAAACGUUGAAAAUUUGGUCACCGUUAAAAAAUUUUCGGUGUAAAGAAUCUGUGGCGGCACAUGAAGAUGCAAUUAACACCGUAGUAGUUUCUUCCGAUGAGAUUAUUUACACCGGGUGUGCUGAUGGGCGGAUCCGGGUAUGGGGUAAAAAACCCGCCCCAAAAAAAACCAAUAGUAGUAUUUCACAAAUUGCUACAUUAGAAAAACAUAAAUCAGCUGUAAAUGCAUUGGCGUUGAAUUCUGACGGUUCGAUCUUAUUCUCAGGUGCUUGCGACCGUUCGAUAUUGGUAUGGGAGAGAGAAGACAGUGGGAAGUAUAUGGCUGUAAGUGGGGCCCUUAGAGGUCAUGAUGGGGCCAUUUUAUGCUUGAUCAACAUCGGUGAUUUUUUGAUCAGUGGUUCAGGUGAUCGGACGGUUAGGAUUUGGCGGCGUGGGUUUGAAGGAAAGUUCUGCUGUUUGAGUGUAUUGAGUGGGCAUAAAAAGCCAGUAAAGUGUUUAACCGGAAAGAUGGAAGGUGAUGAUCGAAUUUUAUUGUUUAGUGGUGGACUUGAUGGGGAGAUUAAGGUUUGGAAUAUUAAAAUUAAUUACUCUAGCAGUCAUAUGUUAUGACAUUAUAUUGUCUCAGUUUGAUUAAUUAUAGGCUUAAUUAAUUUUUAUUUAACUUAGAAAAAAUUGCGGGAAAAUAUCAACUCUAAUUUUUCGAUGUUGAUUAGACUCCAGUAUGAAUUGAUCAAAGGUGGAAUAAUGGGUAUCUACACAUCCUAAUGUUGUCUCAUUAUUUGUUAUUGUAUUGUUUGAUUUUAUUUGUUCACGUUAAAAGGUUGUAAAUUAAAAGGGAUGAAAAGAAAAUUAAUAUGUAACAUUUUAAGUAAUGGGAUUAUUGGUUUGAUUUCA